AUGGAAGUCCUAGGAGAAACAAACGCCGAAGAGAAAUUCAAAUCCGUAACAAGGCUAAAAAGCGGCACGAAAGUAGGUAGAGACAAGGGAAGGAAACCACAAGUAAUGGUAAAGGGUGUAGAGAAAGGGUACACAAAAGAAAACUUUGUGGAGGAACUCUUCAAACAAAACAAAGGACUUUCCGAACGCAUACCAGCGGAGAACAAAAGCGAAAUCGAAGUAGCAAGCGUAAGACCAGCCAGGAACGAGUACAAAGAAAACUGGGUGCUGAGCCUGAAUGGCAAGGCUUUUAGAGAAUUGGUAAGGGCAAAAAGAGUAACAAUGGACCUAGAGAGCGUACGCGUGGACAUGUGGCCAAAUACUGCAAGGAACUGUGUGAAUUGCGAGAGGACGGGAAUUACAGAAGAGGAAAGAAAACAUAUGGCAUCGGAGAUGAAAUGUCCCUCUACAAGAUGGUCUGCUAGGGCUGAUGCUUGCGAGGCACUUUAUAAUAGUUACGACGCAUUUAAACAAGCAUUGGAGCAUAUUGUGAAAGAUGACACACAAACACCAAAAACCAAAGCUGAAGGAACAGGUAUACUUAAAAAAAUGUUCAACUUGGAAACUGGAAUUAUGUUGUCUUUUUGGAAUGAUUUACUAACUUAUUUUCAUAAAACCAGUAAAUCUUUACAAAAAGAAAAUAUGGAUAUAUUAACUGCUAUUAAUUUGUAUGAAUCUUUGAUUAAAUCUGUCACAAGUGUAACGUGCCAAUUGGCCGUUACAAUUAUUAAAAGCAAAUUAAUGUUGUCUUCAUAA